UCUGAAGAAGGGUGGAGCAAACGAGAGCACGACACGACAGCCUUCAUCAUCAUCAUCAUCAUCAUCAUCCUUCACAACUCCGCGCUCAUGCGCUAAAAGCGUUCGCGUCGCUCAAACAAUUUGAAAAAGUGUAAACGCAGAGACUGGGAGUUGAGCGAACUAAACUAGCGAGUGAAGGAAUGAGAGCAGAUAUAGAGCGAACUGAACGCGACGCUCGGUGACGGCACUGCACAACAGAACGCUGCUGGACGCGGAACGACAUCUGGACACACGGAACGAUGACCGUGAAAAACAGAAACAAGAACAACUCGAACUCCAACGACAAAACAGUCCCGAGUCAACAGCAAGAUGACACGGCGAAGAAAAGUCCUAAAGUCGCUAAAGCUGAAAACGCGGCGGUCUCGAGCCGCGGAUCCGGAUCAGGCGCGCUGAUAAAGUUCUUAUCCGCGUUAUUUUAUCUGGCGCUGGCGGCCGGAGCCGUGUUCGCGUCCCUGUACCUCCAUCAAGAGCUGUCGGACAUCAAACAUGCGAACUCCAGACAUGAAGAAUCAAUGAAGAAGUGCACGACAGCGGCGCGUGAGGUGGAACAUGCGCUCCAACAGAUCAGGUCCAUGAAGGCGUCUCUGGAGGGUUUGGAGAGCACGGUGGUCAGUGCCAGGACUGAUCUGGAAAGCACCAGCCGCGCGGUGCGAAAAGGAGAGGCCGACUCCCGGCGGAUGGAGGAUGCUCUCCAGAAACUCCAGAAUAAGCUCUUCCAGGACCUGGCGGAGGGCAUUCGGGAGGUGAAGGAUGCUCGGGAGAAGGACAUGUCCUCGCUGGAGGAGCAGCUGGCCCAGCUGAGCCGCUCCCUGUCGGAGAGCACGGUGGAGUUCGCAAAUGAACAGAGCCGGUAUAAGAGCGAUCUCCAUGAGCUCAAAGCUCGUCUGGAGGAGCAGGACGGGCCGGCGCUCCUCGUACAGGAGCUGGCAUCCAUCAGCAGCGCCGUGGCCAAUCUCAACACCGCCAACGAGGUGGCCGAGGGAAACAUGGCGGUGCUCCGGGAGCAGAUUGCAUCGGUGAGUGGUGAGCUGCAGACCAGAAACAGGGAGGUGGCGUCAGUGUCUGAGGAGGUGGGUGCCGUGAGGACGCUGGUGCAGAGCGCUGUGGGAGCCUUACGGGAGGAGGUGUCCGCAGCACGAGCCAGCGUCCAGACCACGUCAGACCAGCUUCAGAGCCUGAAUGACCAGCAGGACCAGUCCAGCGCGGCUCUCCAGAGCCUGGAGGCACAGCUGAGAGAGGAACUGCUCAAGCUGGAGAAACGGAAGGAUGACCUGGAGGUCCGACUGAAGGCCGCGGAGGAGAGCCAGGAGGUCUCGGCGUCCUCGCUGUCAGAGCAGACAAACAGACUGAAUGCUCUCGAGUCCAAGUAUGAAUCCCACGAGAACUCACUGUCCGGCUGCAGGACGGCAGCGGAGGCGCUGAGACACGAUCUGGAGGGGAUGAAGAGCCGUCUGGGAGAGCUGCAGACGAGAGUAGAUGCUCUAGACGAGACCCAGGAAACAGAGCAGGAACCAGAGCAGGAAACAGAGCAGGAACCAGAGCAGGAAAUGGAGCAGGAGCCAGAGCAGGAACUGGACGCUGUUCAAGAUGAAGAACCAGAAAGUCCUCCUGAACAGCUGGAUGAGUGAGACUGAGAUGAGCUACUGGAAGCAAAGCUGUAAUUCUGGAUGAUCAGGUGUUGUGGGUGGUAGAAAUGUGAACAAGAAGCUUUUUAUAGGAAUGAUGAAGGGGUAAACUGCUGUUUCUUCAAUCUAUGAAUACCUGCACUGUAUUUUUUACCAGCUCAGCUGUUUUCCAGGGUUACUGGAAGUCUCAGUAACAGUUCAGUCUCUGAAUGUAUUAGGAUGGUAGUUGUUUUCCAAUAAAAUGUUUAUUACCCUUUCAAACAAAUGUGUUAAUAUCUUUACCUGAUCAAAUGAUCUAUAUUAUACCCAAAAAUACAUAAAAUGGCACUGUUAAUAUGACAUAACAUGAGAACAUUUUACACAUUUCAGUCUAUUAAUUUACAAAGACAUUUUCCAUAUAAUUUUGUUUAUUCACCAUUAGGUGGCCUCAAGCAUUAAACAAGCAUUAAAAUCAGCUAAAACAAUUAAAAUCAAGAUAUUUCAUGUAAUAAUUCAUCCAGUUUUUUGUCUUUGAGGAAUCAGUGUUCCCAUGAUCUUGAAAAUCUGAAUACUAAUUAAUCAUACCUAAAAGUGUGAUUUCUUGACCUGGAAAAGUCAUGUAAAUUAAUCAUAUAUUAACUCCAUGGGCAUUUAUUUCUUUUGAUGAAUGUACAUUUUUGUAGUUAUUCCAAGUGUAAAUUGUGUUGUGCUUGUCAUUAAUCCAGUAGAUCAUGAACAUGUGGAAGAGUCAUGUAACUUCACUGGUUCAAAAGAGUGGAAGCCUGAAGAACAUUCAGCUACUCCUGCACAGAAACUAGGAGUGUCCAGUAUUGUUGUGGAUAAUGGGGUUUGUCAAAAGGGGGUUGGCCUUGGAGCCAAAAAGGUUGAGAAGCACCGACUUAAUCCAUUCAGUCAUUAAAGAUUCUUGAUCUUAAAAGAGAUGCAUAGUUUUAAAUCAAGACAGCACAAGCACACUUCAAUCAUAUCAUUUUUUUUUUUUUU